AUGACAGACAGUUCACAUGAAGGACGAGGCAACGUGCGCAGACUGUUGGAUUCAUUUGUUGUUAAUGGUUCUAAUGGCGACCAUAUUGUCCUUGUCUUUGAACCUGCACAAAUGAGCCUUCGCGACAUGAAAGUUUUAUUCCGCCCGGAAGGAUUUGACGAAGAUUUAGUCAGGGGUGCUAUUGUUGAGCUUUUGAAGGCUCUUGAUUUCUUACAUACAUAUGGGGAGAUUGUCCAUACGGAUAUCCACCCCGGAAAUCUGCUCCUUGGUGUUUUUGAAAACUCCAUUUUUCAGUCCAUUGAAGAGAAAGAACAUACCGCCCCAGUUCCCCGUAAACAAGUGUCUCCUACCCGGACAAUCUAUCUCUCCCGCCUGAUGCGACCCAAGGGAGGUCCAAUGCUGUUAUCCGACUUCGGCGAAGCCAGAAUUGGUCCUGGACCGCACGGUGGUGAUAUUAUGCCAUUGGAAUACCGUGCCCCUGAAACGUUACUUUAUGUAGGCUGGAGCUAUCCAGUCGAUAUAUGGAGCGUUGGCCUCACGCUUAUCGCAGCAUUGGGGCCUCCUCCUGUGGAAUUUCUCGCUAAAAACCCUGAGAGAAGAGCAGACUUCUGGGAUGACGAAGGGAGAUGGCUGGGUCUUGCACCCAUACCGGAAGCUCGGACAAUGGAAGCUCUUGAAUGUCGCUUGAAAGAAAAAUUAGGCUUUCUUAAAUUCAUUCGGAGGACAUUGACCUGGAUUCCGGAAGAGAGAGCAACUGCUAAGGAGCUUCUGCAAGACCCUUGGUUAACAGGGGGAGAUUCCUAG